GGUGGUAAAUAUGUGCUCUGUGCUGUGCUGGUUCAUCUGGAGACAGGCACCAUGGAGUCUGUGAGGUCUGGGCCUUUCGGCCAGGUCUUCAGACCAGACAACUUUGUGUUCGGCCAGAGUGGUGCUGGCAACAACUGGGCCAAGGGUCACUACACCGAGGGUGCAGAGCUGGUGGACGCUGUCCUCGAUGUGGUGAGGAAGGAGGCAGAGAGCUGCGACUACCUUUAGGGCUUCCAGCUCACACACUUCCUGGGUGGUGGUACAGGCUCUGGUAUGGGCACACUGCUUAUCAGCAAAAUCCGCGAAGAGUACCCCGACCGCAUCAUGAACACCUUCAGUGUGGUGCUUUCCCCAAAAGUAUCAGACACAGUUGUUGAGCCCUACAAUGCCACACUAUCAGUCCACCAGCUUGUAGAAAACACAGAUGAGACCUUCUGCAUCAACAAUGAAGCCCUGUAUGACAUCUGUUUCCGCACCCUUAAACUCACAACCCCCUCAUAUGGUGACCUUAACCACUUGGUCUCGGCCACCAUGAGCGGCGUCACCACCUGCCUCAGGUUCCCUGGACAACUUAACGCUGACCUGCGUAAGCUUGCUGUAAACAUGGUGCCAUUUCCCCGUCUGCACUUCUUCAUGCCAGGCUUUGCUCCCCUCACAAGCAGAGGCAGCCAGCAGUACAGGUCACUCACUGUGCCAGAGCUCACCCAGCAGAUGUUUGAUGCCAGGAACAUGAUGGCUGCCUGCAACCUACGCCAUGGCCGCUAUCUGUCAGUGGCUUCCAUCUUCCGUGGCCGCAUGUCAAUGAAGGAAGUGGACGAGCAGAUGCUGAAUGUACAGAACAAGAACAGCAGCCACUUUGUUGAAUGGAUCCCCAACAACGUGAAGACCGCUGUCUGCGACAUUCCUCCCCGUGGUCUCAAGAUGGCUGCUACCUUUAUCGGCAACAGCUCGGCUAUCCAGGAGCUGUUCAAGCAUAUCUCUGAGCAGUUCACAGCCAUGUUCAGGCGCAAAGCUUUCCUCCGCUGGUACACUAAUGAGGGUUGGGAUGAGAUGGAGUUCACCGAGGCAGAGAGCAACAUGAACGACUUGGUGUCCGAGUACCAGCAGUACCAGCAGUACCAGCAGUACCAGGAUGCCACUGCUGAGGAGGAGGGAGAGUUUGAGGACGAGGGGGUGGAAGAGCUGGCCUAAAUCUAUCAUUUGCCA